AUGAUUUCGUCAACUCUCAAUAAAAUCUCAAGCAGGGCGAUUUCUUCAUCUGUUUCUCUGUUUUCAAAAUCUUCCAUUAGAAAUAAUGAAAAACCAUGGGAGAAUCCGUGGCAGCAGGCGUUGCCUGGCAAAGGGAAAACACUUCCCACAGUUUCCGAAAUUAACGUAGACUGGUCUUAUGUGGAACGAUUAAUGCCAAUUGAAGUUGUGCCAGAGGUACCGAAACAUGAAAAGUAUCCGACACCGAGUGGUUGGAUUCCACCAACAGAUGUCGGAAAAACGCAUUCGUAUUUUGUUAAAAGACGACGCGAUCACCUUCUUCCACUGUAUUUAGAAAAAAAACGAGAUCUAUUAAAUGAAAAGACUCUUGACUUUGAUUAUGUUGAAUUAGUGACCAUCAAAAAUAUCGACGGCGAUGUUUUUAAAUGUGAUUCUGAUCUACGCAGCUAUCUUGAAAAUAAACUUGGACAUCCCGUAGGGACACAUGUCGAUGAGUUGAAAGGCCGAAUCAAAGUAAAGGGAGCGCAUCGAGCAUUAAUUGAGCAAUUCUGCUAUUCUAAAGGCUUUUAA